AUGCGGACCGUGAUCUUUUUGGUGGUGUUUGGAGUGUUGGCCACCGUGUCCGGGCAGCAGCAAACCGAAGCCAACAACGUUCAGAUCAGUGGAUUUCUCUUCGAGCUGCUGCUAACACACCUCUCCGCUUUGGAGGGUCGCAUACAGGAGAAGCUGGACGAGUUGGCAAAAAAUCAAACCCUGCAGAUCGAGCAGCUGAUGCGCAGCCUUCAGGCUUCGGGAACCAGCUUGAAUCAACGCUUAAGUGGAUUACCGAAUCUCAAUGAACAGACGUCCCUGUGCCAACAGCUGAACGUGCCGUGCAGAGUGGAAACGAUCGAGAACCACAACGAUGGCCGACUUGAUGGUUCGUGGGUCGUACUGCAACACCGCUUCGACGGAUCACUGACCUUCAACCGGGACUGGCAUGACUACAGGGACGGCUUUGGUGAUCAACGGGGGGAACACUGGCUAGGGCUUAAGCACAUGCAUCGACUACUGACGGGGAACCGCCACGAGCUGCUGAUCCUGCUGGAAUCGUUCGAGAAUGAGACGGCGUACGCAAACUACGAUGACUUCCGCAUCGGUGAUGAGUCGGAGCAGUUCGUGUUGAAGACGUUGGGCAAGUACUCUGGAACUGCGGGCGAUUCACUAAAGUAUCACCUCAACUCGAAAUUUAGCACACACGAUCAGGACAAUGAUGCGCAUACGAAUAACUGUGCGUUCAUGUACCAUGGUGGCUGGUGGUACAAGGAUUGUUACGCAAGCAAUCUAAAUGGCCGUUACAUCAACCAGCAACAAUUCAAAGAAGAUGGCUUGAUAUGGAAUUCGUUCAAAGGACCAUUUACUUCUAUGAAAAUGAGUAAAAUUCUGAUACGACCUUACACUGGCACAAACUCUUGAUGAUCGUACGGACAUUAAUUUUCUUUCGUGCCAAUAAUCAUCCAUUUUGCAGGAAGGGAAAUGAACAAAUCCGCCAAACACAAUCACAACCAAUCCGCAACAUUCGUGCUAUUGUCCACUUCCGCGGAAACUGUAAUUAUUAGCCUCGGAAUGAGUCCUCUUCGAUGGCGUUUUCCUUUUCCUCCUCCAUUUUGGGAACGUUUGCACUGAUCGAUCGAGCACCCGUAUUCGAGCCAUUCAUAUUCAUGCCCACCCGCUCGAGCCAAAUCGAUACAACAUCGUUCUUGUUGUUGCGUACAAAAGGAAGAGGAAAACGGUACACAUGCCGGUUUUUUGCUGCCAUUUUUCUCCCCUCCAGACAGGCGGCAAGGAAAAACGACGUUUCUGCACGUCAACAAUCACAGACAAUCGAAACAAACACGGCCCGGGAUGUAUGUGGCUGUGUGUGAGUGUGCUGUGUGCAGGAAAAUGGCCACCCCAGUCACUUCCCAUCGGCUUAUCGACCUGCCUACCGUACGGCAGGGCAGGGCGCCUCCAUUGCUAAAAAUAAUCCAACAUGAAGCUCCAACGACGAAUGGGAACCAUUUGAAUCAACAACAAUCGUGGGCGAUGAAAUAUCACAGAAAAUUAUGAUAAUCUGCUUGUCGUACCAAUUGCACGCCAGCCAAUGAUCGUCGGCAGCGUCGAGUGAUUUGAUUUUUCCCUUUUUUCCUCCUUUCCGAUUAAAAUUGCAUCACCAACA